UAGCGACGUGCGACAGGAGGACUGGGAGGCGGCGGGCGGGUUAUUGGCUAUUGGCCACCGGGCAGGGCGUUCGGAAUGUAGGAUUGCGUCGUGGGUUGGAAGUAGUUGGUGGGUAAAUGGUCAAUGGUCGAUGGUCGAUGGGCGACGGUUCCCGAGGGGAGGCGGGUGGUGAGUGACGGUGGCGAUGAUGGUCAGAACGCAGUCCAAGUAGUCUCAAGAGGACGAUGUGUACGCUCUGCUCUCUCCCUCUGUUGAUUCUAAGGCGCGGCCGGCGUCGAGGAUUUUUCCCUUGUCUGUUUGCCUGUUCUGACGGGGCGACCAGUGGGCCACAGGAAGGCGGUCAGGGGGAGAGUCAGGGGGGGUUGGACGCUGGGGCAAUGGGGCCAGAGCAGGAAAUGGAGAGGAGAUCAAUGGCAAUAAAGUCAAUUAUAAUCAAGUUGCUGUUGGUGUUGGUGUUGGAGGGGAGGGGAUGGAGAGGGGAGAGCCCGUCAAGAGGACUCUGUACGGGCAGCAACAAUAAUAAUGACAAUGAUCAGGAUCAUCAGCACAACCAUCAUAGCCGUCGCAAUAAUAAUCUGCUGUUGUCGAGUAGACGGCGAUCCGCAAGGCUCAAAGCCUCCAGCAUCCAGUUAGUGGAGCUACGACGAUGGAUCUAGGAAUAGCACUGUCCAGUAGCCUUUGCACU